UGCUCCCUCAAACUAGUGUCAACUGUCAAAAAGAAAAAAGAAAGGCAAAAAAACAAAACACAAAUCACAUAUCUCUCUCUCGGCUCAACCUGCUGCUCCAUUAUCACACCAGAGAGAGAAAGAAAGUAGUUUUAGAGAGAAGAGUUUAUGUGAUGGAAGCUAACAAUUUAAUCGCGCCGUUCAUCAUGAAGACUUAUGAGAUGGUCAGCGAUCCAACGACGGACCGUUUCAUCAGUUGGGGAAAAGCGAAUAACAGUUUCAUCGUCGUUGACCCGUUGGAUUUCUCUCAGCGAAUCCUCCCUGCAUAUUUCAAGCACAACAAUUUCUCCAGCUUCGUUCGCCAACUCAAUACAUAUGGAUUUAGAAAGGUGGAUCCGGAUAGAUGGGAGUUUGCGAACGAGUGGUUUUUGCGGGGUCAGAAGCAUUUGCUGAAGAACAUCUCCAGGAGGAAACACAAUAAGCAGCGCAAGUUCGAAGAAGACGACGAUGAAGAUGAGGAGAUAGUUAUGGAGAUAGCGAGGUUGAAGCAGGAACAAAAAGAUUUAGAGACAGAGCUUGAAGGCAUGAACAAGAGGCUCGAGCUUACGGAGAAGCGUCCACAACAAAUGAUGGCUUUUCUACAUAGAGUCGUCGAAGACCCCGAAAUUUUACCCCGUAUGAUGCUGGAUAAAGAGAAGAAGAGACGUUUGCUGAUAUCUUCAUCGCCAUC